AUCAAAUUCCCCAUGAUAACGCUGCCUUUUUAUAGAACUUUGAUUAUCAGAAAAUAGUAGCUCUUUGAACAAUGAAGCUUCUACUCCUUAUUUUUGUACCAUUUGUGACUUGUGGAUUGACAUGUAUGGAUUUUAUGAUCGACUGCCCGAGGAUUGUUUAUUAUUGUGAUGAGACUUACGUUCAAAACCAAUGCCAAUUCUCUUGUGGAAUAUGCAAACAGGAUCCUGGAGUAUGUGGUGACACUUAUUUUGAUUGUGACAUGUACGAUACAAAGUGUAAUUCGCCCUCAUUUCAACGACAGUGUGCCGGAACCUGCGGACUUUGCCCAGGAGCCUGUGAGGACAUAUGGGAUGGAUGUUCCCAUUUUUUGGCGCCUUGUUCAGAUGACAUUAAGAGCCUCUGCCCAAUUAAAUGUGGACUUUGCAAUAGCACUACUACUCCAAUGAUCCUAACUACCAUAACUCCUGUAGACCCCCGAUGUGUGGACGCUGGAAAUCAGUGCGCCAAUUAUUCACCGCCUUGCUCGGAUGAUGUGAAGAUAUUCUGCCCGGCCACUUGUGGAAGUUGCUCUAAUGGCACAACUGGUGUGCCUCUGGUUCUUACUACCUUGACUCCAGAACUUACUACAGUGACAGUUGAGCCGAUUACGUCUACAUUGAAGCCAACAACUACUACCAUAACACCAACUACAACAACUAAACUACCAACUACCACAACCAAAAAGCUUCCACCAACUACACCAAAGCCGCCGUGCAAGGAUUCGUCUCCAAACUGCGCCGGGUGGGCAAAGAAUGGCUUCUGCACGAACACCUUCUAUCCACCAGAGAAGAGAAAGGAGUACUGUGGGAAGACAUGCAGAAUGUGCUGAAUUAUUUUUCUACGUGAUUUUUUUUCGUAUAAAGUGUGAACAUUUUACUGGUUUUUAAAAUUAUUUUGGGUGCUUUAAUAAACUAUUUUAUUACU